AUUUAAAUUUCUAAUGGUGAGCACUUGACGGAACAGAUAACAACAGAAUAAUUUGGAGCCAUAUAAUUCCAUUCAACUAGCGUUCAGCCAGACAUUCUGUGCCGCUAAUCUCAAUCCGAAUUUGUGCGAUUAGGAGCAAACAUGGUGCGUGCUUGGUUUAUGGACAACGAGGACACCGACCAGCGGCUGGAGCACCACCUGAAUCCGCCGGAAUUCCUCACCCUGGACCAGUUGUUCACCAGUACCGGUGUCGAAUACUUCAAGAUCAACGUUCCGACCUUCGACAGCGACGGUGUCCUGGAGGGAAUCCGCAAGAAGCGCGGUUACAGCUACGAGGACGAAAUCACCUGCUCCAAGGACUGUCUGCCGGACUACGAGAACAAGCUGAAGAGCUUCUUCACGGAACAUCUGCAUACGGACGAGGAGAUUCGGUUCGUGGUGGACGGUUCCGGAUACUUUGACGUGCGCCACGGUAAGGACGACCGCUGGGUGCGGAUCGAGGUCGUGGCGGGAGAUAUGAUUGUGAUUCCGUCCGGGAUCUACCAUCGGUUCACGCUGGACAGCAAGAAUUAUAUUAAGGCCAAGCGAUAUUUCGUCGGGGAGCCAGUUUGGCUGCCAUAUAAUCGACCAGCGGACGAUAUGGAGGCCAGGAAGGAUUAUCUGCACCGGCUGGAGACGGGAUUUGCCGCGUAGGUGGGCUCGGAGGGGGUUGCAAAGGCAUAUGAUUGAAGUGGGAUGAGUGCCUUAUUGAUAUUUCGGGUUUUGAUAAUCAAUUUUGAAAAUGUCUUGGAAUUAAAUUGGAAUGUUUACAGAAAUGGAAUUAAUGUGCCUUCAAAACCAUAAGUAAUAAAUUUGAUAAAAUUUGUA